AUGAUGAAUAUGCCACCAAGAAGAGAUAUCGCUGUCUCGCGAAAUAAAAUGCAUUCAACCCAUCAUGGAUCGCUUCCGAGAAGUUACUCGUCCAUUGGGAGCUCAAUGAAGAAUGAUUCUAGUACAAUAACAUCUAUCAAUAGAUCAUCCUUAAGAACUUCCUUGCACUUGCCUAGCUCUUCAGAAAGAUCAUCAUAUUACAUUCAAAAACAUUUCCAUAAGAACAACAUCAGCAAUAAUGGUAAUAGUAAAAAUACGGAUUCAGUAGGAUCGACUGAUAAAACCCAAGGAAAAAUUAGUAACAAUAAUGGCAAUAUAUUAAGACAUGCUGAUCCUGCAGAAAGUAAACAAUCAUCAGGUCUCCUGUAUAGUCAUCGCACGAAUAAAGAACUUUCAAGUAUUAGUAAAAUUAACGACCCAAAUAAUAAUGGUCUAAUGUGUGCAGGGAAGGACCAUCUGGGGUUUUAUAGAUUUUCACCAGAAAAUGAAUCUAUCACAUUAGUCCAUGAUAUCUUAGAUUCUAAUUCUGGUUCAUUACGACAUGGAGUGAAGGCAACAAAUAACAGAAUCAAAAGAGGCAAGAAAAUCAAACUGAGCACCAUUGCAGACAUCAAGACGGGAUUUGGUGAACAAAAGAACCUUAUUGCCAUCUGUACGAAUUCUACUGAUAUAUCAAUAUUUGAUAUAAUAAAAAUAUUAAUCUUAAAACCCCUUAUUAACCACAUUUCUGAGCAUACAAGAUCGAUCAAUAGCUUUGAUUUUAACAUGAUCCAAACACAUUUAAUAAUUAGCGGGGGGCAAGAUGCAUGCGUGAAGAUCUGGGAUUUACGAUCAAACGCAACGAGAAAUUCAACACCAUGUGAUAUAAGCUUUAAUACAGCAUCAGAUUCAAUUAGAGAUAUUAAAUGGAUGCCCGGCCAUGACUUCGUCCAUUCCAUAAAUAACGGUGCGGGCUAUAAAUUUGCAUCUAUACAUGAUUCAGGAUAUUUGCUAAAAUACGAUAUAAGGAAACCAGGUCAAAUUGAAAAAAAGAUAAACGCUCAUACUGGACCUGGUUUAUGUCUUAAUUGGCAUCCCCAUCAUAACUACAUAGCAACAGGAGGUAGGGACGGGAAAUGUUGUCUUUGGUAUCUUGGUGAUAAACCGUCUCCAAAUUUAGAGAACGCUAUGGAACAAAUCAAUGAAAUGUCGCAACAUCCUCCUUCCUCGUCACAUUCAAUGUCGGCAGCAUCAGUAUUGAACCAUACAUGGAAUCCGGGGAAUUUAAACUCCAGUAAUGUAUCAUCCUUCCCUGAAAUGACCAUUAAUACCGGGUCACCCAUAACAAAACUGAAAUUUCGUCCGUCGUUUGAUGUAAAUGUUUUCAACUCAUUACUGGCAUUGUCGUCUAUGGGUGACGAGGCCCAAGUUUCUAUAUAUUCUCUUGCCAGAAAAUAUAUUCCAAAGAAUGUGCUAUUGACAUCGGCAUCUUCGUUAGGUCUCGCUUGGUGGGAUGACGCUCUAAUUUUCAAUGUUGAUAAAAAUAGUUUUAUCAACGGUUGGGAUAUUUCCAAAGAACCAACGGUUUUACAAAAUUUACCUAAAAAUGUAACAAAAUGGAGGGAUCUGGAUGGGAAUGGUCUAUUAUUUAUUGAUCAAAAAGCUGGAAGUUACGAGGUUGCCAAUGAUGUGAAACCAGUAAUUUCCAAAAAAGCUCUAGCUUCUAAUAAUCGAGUGAAUAUUAACCAGAUUUUAAGUCCUAUCCCUUCUCAAAGUACCGCGGAUACUGUGAUACCUACUACUACAAAGAAAAUAAUGCAAAACAUAAAGAUGGGAUUAACAGGCCAUUCAAAACGCCCUUCUAUGCAUUCUCUCGAGAGACCCUCUUUGGGCCAAUCUUUUAGUACUAGAAGUGUUCUACAAAAUAAAAAUAACAACACUGUUUUACCACCUAAAAAUGUUUCGUCUUUAUCUCUAUCGAACGUACAAAAUAACCAUAGUAACAUAGUGGAUGUAACUAUUAAUGGACUGAUAGAAAAAAGAACUAUUGAUGAACCUAUAAUUGUAACGUUAGAUUUACCGUGUAUUUUAAAUGAUAUUAGGAUGUCACAAUUACCGAAAGAUUUAGUAACAGAGGAAACCAUGAGAAUUAAAGAAUCGCCAGUCGAAGUUUUCAAAUACUUGGCAAAGGAAUUAGAAUUUUCAUACAUAAAGGGGCGUCACUAUGACAUUGAGAACGGAAUAGAUGAUGAUAAAAUACGCGAUAAGGACCAAUAUGAUAAUGAAAAAAGUAAGAAUGAAGCACAUGAAAUGUUAGGGGAAAAAUACGGUUUAUUGGAGAACACGACAUGGACAAAUUUGAUUGCCAAUAGGAGAAAAGAAGAGCAUGAAGCUUCUAACUCGGAUGAUGCGACAUCGAUUUCAAAAUCAUCUAUAUCGAGUCAUAUACUGGAUCGUUCAGUGACUGGUGCUGGUGAAAGUAAUGAAAAAUCACCUUCAAUCAAACCGCCUUCGAGUUUAAGGAAGACUGCAAAACUGAGAAAAGAACGAGAAAUCAGUAAAUUGACAGAAAGUAUGCAUCAAUCUGCAGCAAUUCAAAUCCAGGAUAAAACUGAUACGCUUAUCGAUUUAGUAUCGAUAUGUAAUCAUAACUCUGAAGUUUAUUUCAGAAUUGGUGAUUCCCCAAAUUUUAAAACAUGGAUAUUAAUCAGAGAUGCCUUGUUAUGGGAAUUGAAGAGGUUAAAUGAUCCUCUGAAAAGGGAAGUUAUUUACGAUAAAGAACAGCUCACCCAUGUAAUGGGGAAAAUCCAAGAAGGACACGCCAAGGAUACCGAUGACAAAACUCAAAAAACAUUAAGAAAUGAUAAAAACAGAAUUUCGAAACGAAUAGAAUCUAUAGAUUCAGAUUCCAGCAAAUUUAUUACUAGUGAUCGUGGUUCCUUCAUAGAGGAAAAUUCACUUACGGUGGAACAAUCUUCACCUGAAAUUAAAGAAGUAUCAGAAACAAGUGAGGAAGAUGAGUUACGCCUGGCAAAACAAGAAGAAUGUCCGCAACAACAGAAAAGUAUGCUGGAGUCCAUCACGGAAUUACGAAAACUAAGUAAGUUGGGAGAUGGAAGUAGUCAAGAUGCCAGUGCGGUUGAAGAUGAGAAUGAACUGAGCAAGAGAAAUGUCAACAACGUACAACCAAAGAGCGCUAUAUUUCAAAGCGAUAAGGAAUCUGUUAAAACAUCUAGUGAGGAUAAGACAAUAGAAAGCUCGGGUGACCAGGGCAAAAACGAUGAUGUUGUAGCUGUUGCAACCAAAACGAAACCUACUAAAAUAAUUCCGAUUUUACGAAGAAAAUCCGAAAGACCAUCUUUUAUCGAUACUUUCAUGACAGCAAUACCUCCUACUGACGGUGCAAUGGGAACCAAAAGUCCGCAGCUGUGUAAUACACCAUCUCCGUUUUCGAAUACCAGCCCUCGGAGCCAUAUGUCAUCAUUACGGAGUUUUGCUGGAAGUCCGUCAGACUUGACUUUAUUUAGAAGGAAAACUACAAGUUAUUUCCAAAAUGAGGCUUUGGAUACUAGCGGGCUAGAUCUAACAUCUUUAUCGAGCGGAGAGAACGAUGAGAUCAUAGAACCAGAACGUAAAGUACACGUCAUUCCUCCGUGGAAUACUAAGAGAAUCAUCCAACAAGUCUACGAACAAGCAGUUGCUGAAGGAAAUGUAUUCUUAGUGAUAAACAUCUUAUUGUUAUUCCAAGAUAUGUACCAUAUUACUAGCAUGGAUAUCGUGAAAAGUAGUGUUUAUCAUUUUAUAUCUUUAUUACACCGUUAUGAGUUAUUUGGAUGCGCAGCAUCGUUGUUAAAAUACUGUCCUUGGAAUGAUAUUAUGGGUGCAGAAGGAGAUCAAUCGACCAUUCAAAUUUACUGUGAAAAAUGUGGGGCUUUAUUAAUGAACGAAGUAUCUAAACGGAAGCUCACUAUGGAAGCACAACAAACACAUGACAAGACUGUAUUGGGGAAAUUUGGCUAUUGGUAUUGUGAUUCCUGCAGAAAACCAAAUAGUUUGUGUGUUAUUUGUGAAUGCCCAAUGAAGAAAUUAACACUUACAGCUUUAAGGUGCGGGCAUGAAGCCCAUUUCCAAUGCUUUAAGAACUGGUUUCUUGAUGAAGGAAUGAAUACCUGUCCAGCUGGUUGUUUAGGUGAAUUAAUUUAA